UUAAACCCUCUCCUUACAGACUCCCGAGGGGCAGAGACGGCAGGGAGCCGCACGGAGCCUCGGGGGCAGAAGCGGCCUCAUGGCGAGAGAGGGAGGGGCUACUAUGAGUUCAAGGAAGAGAUCAACUACAACAGGGCCAAGUCCCCGGAGCCUGAGCCUGAGCUGGAGGAGGAGGUGGAUGAAGGAGCAGUGCGACUGGACACCUACAACUGCGACCUGCAUUUUGACGUGAGCCCGGACGGCAGCGCUGGGCAGCCCCUGCUUUCUGAGAAGUUCCCCCUGUUGUGGUCGGGCUGUCGCCUGACCCACGGUGUUGACCAGGGGAAAGUGGGCUUUGAGGCCAAGUAUGUGAAGAAGCUUCCCGUCACAGGCCUUAACCUGGAGGAGUCGGACACCUAUGUCCUGAGGGUCGGCUGGUCUGUGGACAACUCCAGCUUCCAGCUGGGUCAGGUGGAGUUUUCCUACUGUUACGAUGCACGGGGUAGGAAGGUGACGGAGGGUAAAGAGGAGGAGUUUGGCGAGCCCUUCUCAGAAAGCGAUGUCAUUGGCUGCUACGCGGCAUUUUUGGACAGUGAGGUAGAACUCUCUUUCCACAAGAAUGGCGACCCCCUGGGCGUGGCUUUCCGCUUGUGCCGUUCCACCCUGGAUGGCCGCGCCCUCUUCCCACAUGUGCUCUGCCGGAAUUGUUCUGUCGCGCUCGAAAUAAACUCGAGUGGAUCACCGUGGUACCCCAGCCCCGCAGGCUUCACCCCCAUCUCGUCCCUGCCCCCCGAGCUCAGGGUCCGGGCCCCGCUGCCCCCAGUCUCAAAGCGUGACUGUGAGGUUUUGAUGAUGGUCGGUAUGCCUGGUGCUGGAAAGACCCACUGGGCCCAAACACACAUGGCCCAGCACCCAGAGAAGCGUUACAACCUGCUGGGCACACGCACUGUCCUCGGAAACAUGCGG